AUGGUGAACCGUCGAUUGAAUGCAGGGAAAGUGGGCGUGCCGGUGGCAAAGCUGCCCCCAAAAGACAAGGAAGAAGUGGAAUUCGAGAAGUUCAAGACUCCGGGCCCGUCGGAGUACGACGUGGCGAAGGCCGACCGCCAGCGUUACAGCAAUUCCCCGGCGUGGAGCAUCAAGGAAGACGUGAGCGUGAGCGGCGACGAAGGAGACAGCUCGAAGCCCCUCAAAGGGAGGGUCUUCAACGAGACCACCGUCUCUCCUGGUCCCGUAUACAACAUCCCCCCGCUGAUCGGGAACAAAUCGGGGGUGUUCGAGGGGGGAAAGAUGAACUCCCCGAUGUACAGCUUGAGCGGGAGGCCGGCGGAUCCGAAGAAUUCCAAUUUCCCAGGACCAGGUGCCUAUAAGACCAUCGAUGCCUCUGUGUACAAGCAGAAAUCCCCGAACUAUUCGUUGAGUGGCCGUACUCUGAUGCCCGGGGACCAUACGAUCAAGCCUGGCCCUGGUGCUCAUUCCCCGGAAAAGAUGGCCUUCUUCGCCAGUCCGAAUAAAGUGUACAUUCUCUUCGAGCGGUAUUUUGGGAAGUACUUGAACAAGUAUGAAGGAAAUCACAUCCCAGUGGGCUGGCUUCAUUGGAUGGGACUUAUCAUGAAUACUCGGUUCUACAACUACAGCUUGAACAUUAAUGGGGCUAAAGUCAAACAUGGAGAUUCUUAUGAAAAGGACUACUUCUCAGACUUGAUUGUGAAUGACUCACUGGCAUUCUUACGGGAAUCAAGAGUACAGCAUCCUGAAGAUCCAGUGAUGCUGGUCCUCAGCUUUCCUGCCCCACAUGGACCAGAGGAUUCAGCUCCUCAGUAUUCUCACAUGUUUUUCAAUGUCACUACCCAUCACACUCCAUCUUAUGACUUUGCUCCAAAUGCUGACAAACAGUGGCUUCUGCAAGUGACAGAGCCCAUGGAGCCCCUUCACAAAAAAUUCACAGAUAUCUUGAUGACCAAAAGACUUCAGACCCUUCUCAGUGUUGAUGAUGGUGUUGAAAAAAUAUGUAACACUUUGAAGUCAUUGGGUGAGCUGGACAAUACUUACAUUUUUUACACAUCAGAUCAUGGCUAUCAUUUGGGCCAGUUUGGGCUUCUCAAGGGGAAGAGCAUGCCCUUUGAAUUUGACACCAGGGUGCCAUUCUUUGUACGUGGCCCUGGCAUCCAACCUGGUAGUGAGAUCCCAAACAUUGUUUUGAACAUUGACCUGGCACCAACAUUUUUGGAUAUUGCUGGUGUUUUGCCUCCAUCCCAUAUGGAUGGCAAGUCCUUCUACAAGGUUCUCCUCCGGUCAGGUAGAUAUUCACGCAACCAAGAAUUAAGUCCAGUGAACUGGCGAGAUACUUUCCUGAUUGAGCGUGGGAAACCAGCCAACAAUCAUGGUGGCAAGGCUCACUCUCGUAAUGGGGGCCUCAUUGCAUGGCAUAGCAAAAAAGAACGUGUUUCUCAGAUUUGUUCCUACUCAGAAUUCCAGGGUCCUUGUAAGGAAUUCCAGAAAUGGACCUGUUUCAAGGAAGGCAACAGAUGGAGGAUGAAGAAGUGUCGAUCAGCUGGAAUGGGAGUGCUGAAGAAUGGUGUCUGCAUCUGUGAUGAUAAAGAUAAUCCUAAGAAAAAGAGAAAUGAAAAGAACGAAGAGAGACAGAAGAAGGAAAAUUUGAAUAGGAAAGGAUACCAACGCCGAUCAUUGGAUGAAAUGGAGCCUGCUUCAUCAGUUAAUACAACUGCUGGUGAAACCUCAUAUAUGGAUGUUGAUGUUGAUGCCAUCAAUAAGAUGGUAAACAAAAUUGAGAUGUCCAAAUUGGAUGAUGUCAUCGCUGACAUCUCCACUGAGCUCUUCAAUUUGGAGCAUGCUGAAACUGAACCCAGAGAGAUAUUAUCCUCAACCUCCCCACUGCCAUCAGUAACUACAACCAUGCCAACUCCUGUUAAGAUAACAGAAGAGGUUCCCAGUUCCCAGAAAGGGGAAGAAGUAAGAUGUCAGGUGACAGAAAGCCUUGAACUUAACUGCUCAAGUUCUGCCUCGAGCCAUCCAAUAGAAGCAUGGCAUGAGAGUAAAGCUUUCCUUGAUGAACAGAUUGAUCUUCUCAAGGAGCAACUUAGCAGACUGAAGACAUUAAGGAAAUCUCUGAAGAAGAAGAGACCUGAUCUUUUCAUUUAUGAUGAAAAAAACAAGGAAGGAAAUGAUAGUAGCAGUGAGCCUGAGGGAUAUGAAGAGAGCAAUGCAUUGUCAGAGCCAGAUAUAUUUCAAGAAGGUGACUUUGAUUGGGAUUAUUCAUCAACGGUUGCAUCUGGAGCUCAUGUACCUGAUGAAGGAGAGGGGCAGGAAGAGAUACAAUGUGUCUGUGAUGCCAAGACUUACCAAGGGUGGAUGGAGAGACAACGGUUAUCUGAGGUGCUUGAAGUACAGGAGUUGGCCAGAAAAAGACUGAAAGCAGAGCGCAAGGCAAAGAAGGAGCGUAGACUCUCACGCAAACGCAACACUGAAGCAUGCAACAAGGAAAAGGUGAACUGUUUCUCCCAUGACAAUGAUCACUGGAAAACCCCUCCAUAUUGGAAUGGAGGGCCACUUUGUGCUUGCAUCAAUGCCAACAACAACACAUAUGCCUGUUUGCGCACCAUCAAUGAUACACACAAUAUCCUCUAUUGCGAGUUCCAGUAUGAUUUUGUCAUGUUCUUCAACCUAAAUAUUGAUCCCUUUCAGCUGCGCAAUAUAGCACCCAUGCUUUCUGAGGAGGAAGAGAAAUAUUUACAUUCACAGCUAGAAUACCUUCAUUCAUGCAAGGGAGCCAAAGACUGCACUGUCAGGAAUGAAAUCACCCCUCGGCAGCGGGCAUACAGAGAGCGGCAGGCACUUCGUCAGGAGUCAUCGCACGGAGAAGCAGGAGAUGGGAGAGCAGCAGAAAUGGCGGAGACGUCGACGAAGGCAUCGUCGCCUUCAUCAACAGAGGCAUUCAUCUAUGGAUAUUCCCCUAUCCCUUUGAUUUCCAAGUCUUUUGGCUCAUAUGACUCCAUGAUGUCUGUGUAUCUCAUCCUCCUGAAAGUCAUAUUGACUUACUCUUGUCAUUCUGAAUUAUUUUGCUCAUCUUGGGCAUUAGGACUUUUUUUUUAAUUAUCUUGAAGACCAUUAUGAAAUUACAUCCAUUGACCAUUAUGUGCAACUGUCAGUGGUAUAAUGCUCUUUCAGGAAGAUCAAUGUGAUAUGUGAUAAUCUGGUGUUCGUGCCAAUACUAUGUGCCAUCCAUCUCUUGGAUUUUAUUACUCAUGACUUGGUGCUGUAUACAGACAUUUUCUUUCUAGUUCCAGAAUAAUGCAUUGUUUUGAUUUUUGCAUUUUGAUGCCUUUUGUGGCUCUUCACAUUCUUGAUGCCUACUCUGUAACAGGGCAAUUGAAGAAUCUCCCUCCUACUCCAGAAUUUGCAGUUCGAAAGUGUUUGACUCGAAACCAUAUCCUGUUAAUCAGAUGACACUGGUAUUCAAGAUCUGUUAUCCCGUUGUAAUAUUUUGAUGUUCAUGAC